CAGGUUGUAUCAAUGGGUACUUAAGUUGUGUUGAGUAUGAUAAAGAUGCAAAUGACUCAGAAUAUAAUGGCUACAAAUCUGUCAUAGAAUCCACAGGCCGAGAGCAAACAUUGCUUGGAUUUGCUAUUUGGGAGCCACCUCAUGGGCGUUAUAGAAUGCACAAGAAUCUGUGGAGACACUUUGUCAAAUUAAGCAGUGCAUUGAGACAUUGUGCAUUUAUGGUCAUGGCAUUGCAUGGAUGUAUCCAAUCAGAAAUCCAGGCACCACUAGAGAAGAGGAAGGUAUUUCGUAAUGAGCUAAAGAGGGUCGGUGCAAAUGCUGCAAAAGUUCUACGGGAGCUAGGAACAAAGUUAGAAAAAUUGGAAAUGCUAGAUAGUCAUGAAAAUAUUCUAAAAGAAGUGCACGAGACAGCUCAACAUCUGCAGAAAAAAAUAGACCACAAAUCAUAUCUUUUGGUCAAUUCAAAGAGUUGGGAAAUUGGAAAACCAAACAUUAAUUCUGAAGAUUCUUCAAGUGAAAAUGGUAGUGAAAAUUUGCCAUUGAGUUCUCGAUCUCGAUCACUAAGUGAAACAGCCAUUGACAUAAGUUCAUUGCAAGCAAAUUGGCCACAAUUGGCAAAAGAAUCGUCUGAAUUUACAAAAUCAUCAUUUAGAAAGCAAAACCAAUGGCCCUCACGUCUCUCGCUUGCUGAUGGUAGUGACAUUGCCGAUACAUGCGAAAUGGAAACUUAUUUAAGUGCAAGUUCUUUGUCUUUGGCUACUUUUGCUUCACUUCUUAUUGAAUUUGUUGCAAGGCUUCAGAAUGUGGUUGACAACUUUGAAGAAUUAAGUCAAAGGGCAGAGUUUAAAGAGCCAGAUGUUAUCAUCCCACCUAGUGCAAUAAAGAGUUAGGCCUCGUUUGGUACAAGGGAUAAGGGAUAAAUAAUUUCGGGAUUAAAUUUGAGAUGAGUUUAUCCUAUGUUUGGUUGGGAUAGAAUCGUAGUAUAACGAAUCCAGAUAUUAGUUAUCCCGGGAUUGUAGUGUUUUUUAUCCCCAUGGGAAGAUGAGAUAAUUAAUCCCGAAAUAAUUAAUCAUGGGAUAACUUGUGUUCCAACCAAACCAUGUUGAUGUGAUUUAAUUCAGGUUGUGAGUUUUUUGAAGAUUCAGUUUAUGUAAAAUGAAAAAGGUAAAAGAUAGUCAUUUGUUUGUUGUGUGAGGAGGAAAGGAAAUAGAAAAAUGAA